GGCAACGGUAGACGUAUUUAUGGUGGAGUAAAUCUACAACUAAAACUAACUGAAGGACAUGUACCAAGAAAUAACUCUACCAGCACCUACAAUGCCAAUACAUUUUUUUUCAAUCAAUCUUCGACAACAUCAAGUGCUCCAACAGCUGGUCCACGAAAUAAUCAAGAACGACAAAAUAUGAAGCAGGAACUUGUUCGGAACUCCAGAAGACAAGGUUCCGCUUCUGGUAGAAAUGAAGCAGGAGGUAGAGGCAACGGUGGUACACCUCCAGAAGAUUCCAAAGCACAGUCACGUUGGCCACCAUUUGGAGGAAAAGAAGAAAGAAGAUCAGAAACAGCACGAGCAGCUCAUCGCUUGGCUAAAGACCAGAAUCGUAUUCCGCGCUCAGCUCAACCAGAAAAGGUGACACCGGUAGAAGACAGAAACCCAGAAGCUCGGAAAAAUGGAAACGGUAAUCGGUGGAUACGACAGUAUACCUACAAAAAUGCCGACGGCCAUUUAAUUGAUCUUCGACAUGAUUCAGCCCGC